AUGAGAGUAGAUAGAACAGUACCACCAAGAGGAGAUACACAUGUGGAACAGAUCUCCGUAGAGGGAGUGGCAAAAUCAUUGCAAAAGAUGAAGUCUAGAAAAGCAGGAGGUCCAGACAACAUGCAAAGAAAGGCAUGGAAAAUCAUAGGCAACACGGGGGUCGACUGUUUGAGAGGUGUUCACAAAUGUUAUGGAGAAGGAAGAGAUGCUAGAAGAAUGAAGAAGCAACACAUUGAUCCUUAUAUUUCAGAACAAGGGGGAAUACAGGAUUGUAGCAGUUAUAGAGGAAUCAGAUUGGCAUCUCAUACUCUGAAGACGGCAACGGCAACUGAUAGAGAAGUACAGGAAAGGCCAGAAAGAGCUGGAUUAUGUGUUCAUAGAUUUAAAGAAGGCUCACGACAGGAUGAUUUUCAAGUUACUGUUGGUCUACACCAAGGGUCAGCACUCGGCCCAUUCCUGUUUGCCAUCUUGAUAGACUGUUUAACAGGUAGUGUACAGAAAGAAUCUCCAUGGGAUAUUGAGGCCAGAGAUGUUGCACUGAAUGGAGAGAAAGAAACAGGAGUGAAAAUGGAGGAAGCGGAGAUGAGUAUGUUCGUGUACACGCUAGGAGAGACGAGGAUGGACAAAAUAGGGAAUGAAGUGAUGCGAAAGGACAUCGGGGUUUAA